AUGGCUUGUCAUUUUGUUAAUGAGUAAGAAGUGCUUGAAUAUGCUUCUAUGACUAGUUCCCAUCAUGAUGAUGGUACUGAGAAUGAGAGUCAAAGCGAGGAUGCCAGAUAAUCGAAUCAAAUAAAAAACCCAAUACUUCUAAAAUCAGAGUCGUAGUUUUCUGAGAGUGACAUAUCAAACAAAAUUAAACUGCCCAGAGGAGGGAGUGUUAUAAUGACUAAAGCAGGUGCCAUACAGUUCAGUAUGGUUCCUGAAACUUUGAAAGACAGUAUCAACUUAGGUUUAGAUGUGCCAGGUAUAUUUAUUGUGCCCUCUCACCGAUUUGAUAAAAGAUUUUGUUUGUCUGUUGCUGAAUUUGAAUUCCCAGCUUAUUUCAGUUUUUUUGUAAAGAGAAGGAGAGUGACUCUAAUUACUGAUAAGGAAGGGGAAGAAGCAAUCAGAGCAAUAUUUCAGGAAACAUUACUUGGACCAAAAGAUUUAUCCAAAUUUGAUUAAGAUUUUAGCAACGAUUAUAAUGGCAAACCAGACAUAGUGAAGGAAUUAGGACAUUUUGCAAAAAAUCCCUUUAAUCCUAGUGAACCCUUGACUGUAGACUUAUUGAUCAAUUUUGUAAUUUUUGAUGAACAAAAUCAAGUCAAUUUAGGUUAGGAUGUGAUAGUAAAGAAAGUAGAUUAGAAAUUUUUGAUAUUUGAAAAUGGAAAAUAGAUAGCUAAGAUGAAAAACAAAGUGGAAAUCAUGAUUGAUGAUGUUAAAUCUAAUGCAUAUAUAAAGUAUGGGUUGUUCAGUAAUCCCAAUGAUUAAUAAUAUGUUGAGCAUUACUUUGAAUAGACAUUCACUCCUCCUACUUUUGGAGUGACAGGUUCUGUAUCAGGUUACAUCUUUUGGAUAAAUGGUUUGGGAGUAAUGCUAGAUCCACCUCCUUUCACAACACUUCUCUUGAGGAAGAAUGGAAUACCAAGUAGAUUGGUGAAGUGGGUAAUUAUAUCUCAUAAUCAUGCUGAUCAUGAUGCAGGAACAUUUUAAAAACUAUUAGAGUCUGAAAAAACAGUAUUAAUUAGUACUGCCACAAUUAAAGAGAGUUUUGUUAGGAAAUAUGCUGCAAUGACUGGAUUUUCAGUCGAUUAUAUUGAAUCCCUUUUUAAUUUUGAGAGAGUUAUAGUAGGAAAUCCUUUAAAAAUAAACGGAGCCUCAUUUGAAUUUCACUAUUCACUCCAUAGUAUUCCUUGUUUGUCCUUUACAGUACGAUUAGGUGGUAAAUCAAUCUAUUUCAGUGGGGACACAUUUUAUGAACCAAAUGGAUUAAAAGCAAUUUUUGAGAAAGGAGUCAUUUCAGAAUCAAGGUACAAUUUUUUGAUGAGUGAAGAUAAAUGGAAGAAUUCUCUCAUCUUGCAUGAAGCUGGUGUACCUCCUAUUCACACUCCUGCUAAAUUGUUGGCCUUACUUCCACCAGAAGUUAAGGAAAAUUUAAGAUUAAUUCAUACUGCAGCCAAGGAUAUCCCUCCUGAUUCUGGAUUAAGAGUUCCAGGAGUAGGCUUAGAAAACACAAUUGUUAUAAUUUAAUCAUCUGAAGAUUCUAGAUUAAAUACAAUUUAAGAAUUAAGUUUGAUUGAAAACAUAGAUUUGUUUAAACAUGCUAAUAUCCAUUAAGUAAGAUAGAUUUUUGAGAGUUCAACCAUUAACACUUAUGAAUAGAACUAAAAUAUCUGUGUUUAAGAUGAGGUUGGAAGUGAGUUUUAUAUAAUUCGCAAAGGCACUGUCAAAAUACACUCUGAUAAUCCUGUUUUUGUUAAAUAUAUGCAUUAUGGUGAUUAUUUUGGUGAAGGAUGUUUCUUCAAUUAAAAUAAGAGAAGAGCCAAUGCCACUGCUAUGAAUUAAUGCGAAUUAAUAACUUUGAGUAAGGCAGACUUUUUGAGGAUAUUCUAAUAUGGGGAAGUGAUGCAGAAAUUAGAGAACCUUUAAGUAGUGCGUUCAUAGAUAUAAAUCAUGGAAAGAAAUAAAUUCUUUUCGUAAUUAACCUCAUAUUAGAAGAUUCAAUUAGAAAUGAUAUCGAACCAGAAACGAUUUUUCUAAAAACAUUCUAUGAUUCAAUAAUAUGGGGUUAUGGCUUCAGUAGCAUUUUUUGUAGUUUCUGGCAAGGCACAAGUUAUUUUACCUUCUGAUUAUGUUGUUCAGUAAUAUGAAGGAUAAUCGGUUAAGGUUAAUCGAUAAGAAUCCACCACAAGUGAUCAUAACAAAUAACAAUAAUAGAUUAUUGAUUAGAAAAAGAAGAGACUUUCUUUGCCCAUCAAUUUAGCAAUGCUUGAAUAAUAAAAACCAAGUAUCUAAACUCCAGAGGUAUCAGAGAAAUCUUCAAUAAAUGAAAUAAAAACUUAUCCUUUGACAAGUGGAAUGUUCUUUGGAGAAAUUGAUUCCAUUGUUAGAAACAGAAGAACUUCUACAAUAGUUGAGGCGGUGGAAGAUACUGAGAUUAUUUUCUUGGAUUCACAAUCAUUAAGAUCUUUCUUAGCUGACAAUCCUGGACUUAUGGUGCUCUUUUAAGAGAGUAUUAUUAUUGAAUGA